AUGGCUGACCGACACGCGGGCGACGCACACGUGGCGGAUGCACACGUGGCAGCGCGAGUCAACGUGGGGUCGCGGCAGGCAGAUGGAGCUGCGUCGCCCGACCAUGCCCGGGACUGCGUGCGUGGGCCUGUGGCGGGUGGCCGUGAGUCAGGCGCGGGGGCAGUGGCAGCGCGGGCGGGCGAGCAGCUCAACUACCGGCGCGUGGUGACGACAGCGCUUUUCGGAGCAGGCUUCGUGGGCCCGCUGGGUCACUACUGGUACGAGGGGCUGGAGAGCUUUGUGAGGAACCGCCUGGGGCUGCGGCCGUCGACGAUGCGGUUUGUGGCGGCGAAGCUGUUUCUGGACACGUUUGCGUUUGGCCCGGUGCACCUGGCGGCCUUCUUCACGUACACGGGGCUCGUGGCCGGCCACUCCCUGCACCAGAUCCGCACCGACCUCGCCCGCGACUUCCUCCCGGGGUUCCUGACGGAGGCCACAGUGUGGCCCGUGAUCCAGACUGUCAACUUCAAGCUCGUGCCCGUGCAGCACCAGCUGCUCUUUGUCAACUUCUUCUGCCUGCUAGACAGCGCUUGGCUAUCGUGGCUCAAACACCAACAAGAUGCUCCGUGGAAGGCCUGGCUUGCAAAUACUUUGUUUGGUGGCUCAGAUUCCAGUUUCUGA